AUGGUCCAUAUAUCUUCGAUCCUAGUUUCAUUCCUUGCCGGUGCUGCUGUCGCCAGUCCGCCACGUGACGUCCUAGGACGUCAGGUUUCUGGAGAUAAUGCUACUCUUGCCGUCACUGGUAUCAGAUACACUGGAGAGGGCUGUCCUGUUGGGUCCCUGAGUGGAAAUCUCGACCCUAGUGGUAGCUUUGAUGUGCUAUAUGAAGCCUUGAACACCACGAUCAAGGCUGGAGACCACAAAGUAAAGGUCAAGUGUCAGAUCGAAGUCGACAUCCAGACAGCUGCUGAUAGACAGCUGGUUAUUUUGAGCGGAACCUAUAAGGGACACGUCAGAUUGACCGAAGGGGCGUGGGCCAAGAACCAGAACCAAUACAAGUUCAAAGGAAGCCGGGGAACUAUCAACCUGGAAUGGCCCUUCAAAGCACCGAUUGAUGCUGCAACCGAGUUCACCAACAAUCUUUCCACCGAAUUCCAGUCUGGUUGCAACUCUAACGGAGGCAAGUUCACUAUGAUUAUCAAUAACUACUUGAGCAUGAGCAGUGAUGGCCCGGGCGAGGGUGAGAUCUCUAUCACAGAGCUUGAUGGUGUCGUCAAACAGUCAACUAAGCUGGCCACUGCGAAGUGCCCGUAG